GUCAAGGUGGUCAAUUGUCUGUUGUCUGUCAGUUUAUUAUUUUUCUUUUCGUUCUUCACCUUACGAAGGUUCUUUUUUGUUGGUUGAAGGCAAUCGGGUUUACAAGAUGUUGAAUAUUACAUCAUUUUACCCGUUUUGAAUUGAUAUUUGCGAGCAACCUUCGUUAAAAAAUUCGUUGUGAAACCGCGUUCUGAAAACCUUCAAAAUGUUAUUCGUUCGCUCGCUCUGUUUGUGUGCACACUAUCAUGAAUGUUUUCCAAAUGUUUUCCCAGUUUUCUGAAGAAAGUUUUCUGCAUUUUCUAUACAUAUAUUUUAAAGAUGUGCAAUAGCGAAAAGAAAAGUGAUGGGAAGUUUAAUACGUAUUCCUUUAAACCCUUCAAGUACGAGAAGGUGGUGUUUUCUUCUUCGAACAAUAAAAUUCCACCCCCGAGAAGUGGCCAUCGUAUAGGGGCCGAUUCGGCUAAUUUCUACUCGUUUGGAGGAUACAAUCCGUUGAUAAGGUUUGAAGAAUAUCAUUAUGAAGACGAUUCUUACAUAGAUUCUUAUCCUUUAUUCCAAGAACUUUGGAAAUUUAACUUUGCUUCAAGGAAGUGGACAAAAUUUAGGAAUAGCCCUACAUUACCUAAAGAAUUAGUAUCGAAUGCUGUGAUACUACAUCAAAAUAUACUAAUGAUAUAUGGUGGUACUGGAUCUCCUUUUGGAACAAGAUGCAGCAACCAGUUAUAUGUAUGUAAUGUAAACGAUGAAGCCAGCCCUAUGGUUGAGGUACAAGCUACAGGGCAAUUGCCAUUGCCCCAAUACGGGCAAGCCAUUGUGUAUCAUAAUGAUUAUUUGUAUGCCAUAGGUGGGACAACUGGUUUUGACUAUACAUGUGAUAUACAUAGGUUAAAUUUAAAAACAUUGACUUGGGAAAUAGUGUACAUAUGUAACGGCACCGGCGACUACGAACCUCCCGGCAGGUACCGGCACGAGGUUGGUUUCGACGGUCGAAAGAUCUACAUUUUGGCCGGCGGUACCGCCGAGGACGUGUACGACUUCGAGCGCAUACCGACCUUCGACAUCGACAAGAAGGAAUGGGCCAGUCAGAAGACGAUACCAGCCGGCGUUCAUGGCGUCCCUAUGGGACGUAGAUGUCACGGAGCAGCUCAAAUCGACAACGGCAACGGCGUGGAAGUGUUCGUAACCGGCGGCCAGGACGGCGAGAACAUCUUUAACGAUCUCUGGCGUCUGAACCUCAAAACGCUUCAGUGGACCUACUUCAAAACCUGCAUCCUACCCCGGCCUAUGUGUUUCCACGCAGUCUCGAUCACUCCACAAGGUCGUCUCUACGUUUUCGGCGGCAUCUACAACGUCAACGACCAAGUAAAGAGAAGUAACAAGGUCUACUCUGCCUGGGUGUGUAUUCCGAAACUCAGCGAACUGUGCUGGGAGGCUGUGUUGCAAUAUAGUCCGCAUAUUUUCAAAUAUUCCAGUGAUGACCUAAUUAAUAUGGGACUCCCGCGGCAUUUCGUGCAACGGCUGGGAGAGAAAAAACUACAAAAAUUUUAAGCUUUAAAUUAAAUGAAAUUAUACAACUUAGUAUAGGUACCGCGAGUGUGGCUAUUUGAAGGCGAUUUUUUCUCGACUGCAUCAAUAUUAUUUAGAUGAUUGUUUUUACAAUUGUACUGGAGUGAAUUUUGUUUUAAAUUAUUGAAGGCUGUACAUAAUCCAAUUUGGAAAAUGUCGAUUUAUUAUUGAGCAUUUACAUGUUUUUUUUCAAUAUAAUAUCCAAAUUUAAA